AUGGCGCCAAAUGUGAUGGAGCCAUGUAGGACUAGGAAGAGGAAGAGGGUCUGGUGGGUUAGGGAAUCCGGGUCGGGUUUAAAUGGCCCGUUUAGGGAGAAUGUGAGGCUGUUUUUGCAGGAGUUUGGGGAGGUUGAGAAGGGUGGUGGAGCAAGUGGAAUGGAUGUUUGGUGUGUUUAUGUUGGUGGUGGUGAGAGGAGUGAAGUUGGUUUGAAGCUUUUUGUUGUGGAGGAGUGUGUGGAGAGCUCCUUGUUGCCUUUCUGUAAUCACUGUAAAUUCAUUGGAUGGGGGCAUCAUUUUGUGUCGAAGAGGAGGUAUCAUAUCAUUGUUCCAUCCGAUGAUAAUUUAAAUAAGCCAUUGAACGGGGAUUUUCUUCAAAAUCGGAACCAUUUGUUACAUGGUUUGAUCCACUGCAAUGGAUAUGGUCACCUUCUAGCUAUCAACUUGUUGGAUGAUGAUGAUUCGAGUUCACUUCAUGGGAAUGAUAUUAUGGAGCUUUGGGACCGUUUAUGCACAACUCUUCAAAUUAGGAAGGUGUCUUUGCAUGAUUAUUCAAGGAAGAAAGCAUUGGAACUUCGAUUGCUUCAUGGGGUUUCGUAUGGAACUACUUGGUUCGGGAAAUGGGGAUACAAAUUUGGUCAUGGAAGUUUUGGAGUCACUGAAGAAAAGUAUGACAGAGCACUUCAGUUCUUUAGUACAUUAAGAUUGGACAAGAUUAUCAGCGAUUUCAAGAACACUGUCCGAGGCAGAAAGAUUGAACAGAUUGUGAGGAGUUAUAGGGAAGUGAAUGAAGUUCCUCUGGUUACAAUCAGUGAUCUGUUGCAGUUUGUACUUAGUUUCGUGUCUAAAACCUCGAUUGAGAGGAAAGUUGCUUUGCCUUCACCAAGAAGAGUCUAUCAAAGUGAUGGUAAAAAGAUUGACAAGCCUCUCAUCUUGUCGACUUUUGUUUCUCUUGCAAACAUUGAUUGCAGAUGGCCUGCUAAGAGAGUAGAAUAUACUGUUCACGUAAUUGUGAAUCUCUUGAAUCAGAACAGGGCAAUUGCUGGUGGCAAGAGUUCUAUGACUAGGCAAGAACUCCGAGCAGGGGCACGAGGAUAUGUUGGCGACACUGGACUUAUUGAUUUUGUGCUGAAAUCUAUAAGUUGUAUUUCUGUGGAUAAUCAAAUUGUUUCACGCUCUAUAAAUUCUCUAACCAAACUGUAUGAGUUUGAAAUCCAUGACAAUGUUGAGGAACAAGAAGAUUCAGCUAAUGAACCAAGUACGUUUGCUUCUUCACUUGCUAGACUCGACUCAAGAUGGCCUAAGCAGAGACUAGAGCAUGCUGCAGAUGUGAUCGUGAACAUUCUUAAAGUUAACAAAGCAAUGCUGAUAGGCAGUGGCGCAAUGUCAAGACAAGAGUUACGUGAUGAGGCUACGCAGGACAUCGCUGACACUGGCCUAAUUGAUUUUGUGCUAAAAUCAAUAAACAAUUAUUCCAUGAUAGGAAAUGAGAUAAUCUCUCGUGUCAAGAAUCCAUCAACAAGAUUGAUUGAAUUUGCCAUCCGCGAUGAGAAUGCUACUGUGGUUGCUCAUCAGCCAGGACUCAAUGUGUAUGCAGAUGUUCUAUUCUUGUACAGAAAUGUGCUGCUAGGCUACCCCGAGUGGGACCCCGUGAGUAUCGCGACUCGGGUAAUCUUGGACAGCAAGCAAUUUGUGAAGGAAUGGUUGCAUGAUCAAGAGGAGAUCAGUGAUCAGUUUAUGACCCUAACGUGUCGUGUACUUCCGCGUUUCGAUGAGCUGGAAACCGAGCUGACUAGGCCUUUAUGUCCUGGUGAGGUAGUUAUGGUCCCCUCAGGAAUGACAGUUGGGGAGCUAAAGCUUGAGGCACAAUGUGCACUGAGGGACACAUACUGCUUGAUGAAAGAUUUUGUUGUGACACAAAUAGGUGGUUUGAAAGGAAUAGAAGAGGGCUUAAUGGUAAGUUAUGCAUUGGAUCAUGGUGCAGAGGUUUGGGUCAGAGGCAUUGGGCUGGACUUGGAGACAGGCCUGAGAUAUCAAGGUGGGCCAGAUGAUGGAAAAGUGGAUUGUGUUUGUGGGACCAGGUCUGAUGAUGGGGAGAGAAUGGUGGCUUGUGAUGGGUGCCAUGUGUGGCAACAUACAAGAUGCAGAGGCAUUGAUGAUGAUGAGAGUUCACCUGCACUUUUUCUGUGUUACAAGUGUGUGGUGCAUGGGUAAUUUGAAAGAUGGAUUUUACCACUUAUUUAUUAGUUUAUUUAAUUUAUUAAUUUAUAGAGGAUUUCAAGGCCAAGUUUGUAGAGGCAAAGGAAGAUAUGAGUGAAAUUGCUGAUCUAUGAAUAUGAUCAACAAGUUGAUAUUAUUGGAGUGACAUGA